AUGAAGCCCAUGCAGGUGUGUUUCGUACUUUUGCUAAGUGUGUGUGAGUGUGGAGCAUUGGCUGAAAAAGACAUGGAGCCGAUCACAGAAGAUAAAGGUGUGCUGGUACUGACCAAAAGCAACUUCGAAUGGGCACUUAUGCAACAUAAUCAGUUACUGGUGCAGUUUUAUGCUCCUCUGUCUGGUGAGUCCCUUGGUUCAAUUCUGGAAUUUGCAAAGGUCGCCACUGACCUUAAGGAAACUACGUCCUCUGUAAAUCUUGGUCAGGUUGAUGUGUCCAAAGAGAAAGACCUUGCCAAGGAAUUAAAUGUUACCAGUGUUCCAUCUUUGCGACUAUAUCUAUCUGGAGACAAAUAUAACCCUGUUAACUGUCCAGCUCUGAAGACCUCCACCUCUAUCCUAACGUGGCUAAGAAGAAGAGAGGGCCAGAGUGCUGACCUCAUCACUGAUCUCAGCCAAUUAGAGAGCUUUGUUGCAGAAGAUGAUGUGGUGGUCCUUGGAUUAUUUAAGGAUGUUGAUAAGGGUGUAGUAAAAGUAUUUUACGACGUGGCAGCUGAUGUUGCAGACCUGCCCUUUGUAGUGACAGGAAGCAAAGAGAUCUUCAGCAAGUACAAUAUAACUGAUGAAUCAGUUGUCCUUCUCAGAAAGUCAAAAAUUGCAGAACAAUUUGAGAUCACAAGCCAAACAAUAAAAGAGGAUGUCAUUCACUUCAUCAGAAUGUAUGAGAUGUCUCUAGUGACUGAGUACAAUGGCAAGACAUCAGGAAAGAUCCUGAACUCUCUGUUGCAGAAUCACAUGGUUCUGUUUAUUGAUAAGACUGAGAAAGGAUUCAGACAAAUAUAUCGCACCUUCAAAAGCACAGCAAAGCAGUUUAGAGGCGUGGUUUUGUUUGUACUAAUCGACACUGGCGAGCCCCGGAAUGGACGUAUCAUGGAGUACUUCCAUGUGAGGAGGGAAGAUGCUCCACUUGUCCGCAUGGUUAACUUGACAGACAGCUUCCAAUAUCAGUUACCUUCCGACCAACUGGAUGCACAAACUCUUACUGAUUUCUGCCAGAGCUAUUUACAGGGGAAAGCCAAGCCAAAGCUACAAAGUGAGCCGAUCCCUGAUGGCUGGGAUAAGCAGCCAGUGAAGGAGUUGGUGGGGAUGAACUUUGAGAGAGUUGCCUUCAACCCAGACAAGAACGUCCUAGUCCUCUUCUAUGCCCCUUGGUGCCCUGAGAGCCAGAUGCUAUUUAUUUUGUGGGAAGAGCUUGCAGAGCACUACAGUGACAGUGGAGAUGUGGUAGUUUCCAGAAUUGACAUAACUGCAAAUGAUGUACAUAUUCGCAUGACAGACAGAUACCCAACCAUUAAACUAUUUCCUGCAGUGUACGAUGAAAGGGUGGUGUCAUACUCUGGCCAAAAGAAGCUGGAACCAAUAGUUGAGUUUGUAAGUGUAGAAAGAGUGCGUGCCCAGAAGGACAAAGCCAAGGAAGAAGUAGAGAGGAAGAAAUAUCUGGAUCAACAGAAAUCUAUAGCCAAAGAAGAGCUAUAA